AUGCCUGCCUCGCCCUCUACCGCCACAAAGACUGAUACUGUUGGUACAUCGUCUUCACCUCUAACCAAAGAGUUAUUCUCUUUGGAGUCUGUGCAGAAGCAUAACACCAAGAAGGAUUGUUGGGUUAUUUACCAAAACAGAAAGAUUUAUGAUGUUUCUCAAUAUUUGGCAGACUAUCCAAAGGGUAACUCCAAGAUUAUUGACUUUGCGGGUAAGGAUAUUACUUCUUCAUUCAAGAAUCAAGAGAGAUAUAACCAUGAUCCAGAGACUUAUGAUUUCAUGAGUCAUAAUGAUAAAUAUUUGGUGGGAUAUUUGGCUAAUGAAGAAGAAGCUUACAAAUUGUUAUCUAAUCCUAGCCAUAAAGUAGAAGUCAAAUUGACCGAACAACCAUCGACUUAUGAUUCCACCACUUUCGUUAAGGAAUUACCUAGUGAAGACCAUUUUGUCAUUGCUACAGAUUACAAGAAGGAUUUCAACGAGCAUCAUUUCUUGGAUUUGGAAAAACCUUUGAUUCCUCAAUUAUGGAGGGCUAAAUUCAACAGAGCAUUCUAUAUCGAUCAAAUCCAUAGACCAAGACAUUUUGGUAACAAAUCUGCACCUUUGUUUGGUAAUUUCUUGGAACCUUUGACAAAGACCGCAUGGUGGGUCAUUCCUGUAGUUUGGCUACCUGUAGUCUUUUAUCAUUUGAAAGUUGCCUUCCAUAACAUGAAUAAUAUAUUUGCCACUUUCCUUUUCUGUGUUGGUGUGUUUGUUUGGACUUUGAUCGAAUAUAGUUUACAUAGAUUCUUGUUCCACAUGGAUAACAGAAUCCCAGACCAUCCAAUGUUUUACGUUUUACAUUUCACCAUCCAUGGUUGUCAUCACUAUUUGCCAAUGGACCCUUACCGUUUGGUCAUGCCUCCAACUUUAUUCUUGAUCCUUUGUACCCCAUUCUAUAAAUUGGUCUUUUCUGUAUUACCAUUGUAUUGGGCUUACGCUGGUUUUGCUGGUGGGUUAUUCGGUUACGUUUGUUACGAUGAAGUCCACUAUUGGUUACACCAUUCAAGAGUUCCAAAGUUUAUGAGAUUGUUGAAGAAAUUACACCUAGAACAUCACUACAAGAAUUACCAAUUGGCCUUUGGUGUUUCCAAUUACUUCUGGGACAAAGUUUUCGGUACUUAUCUAUACCCUGAUUCCCCAUUGUCUCCAAUGAAAUACGAAUAG